AUGGUCGCCAUGGCGACCCGGGGGCGGCCUGUGCGCCUCGUCGCGGUGCUCGUGCUCGCAGUGUUGUCCACCCACCUCCGUGGAGUCGAUAGUAGUGUCGUCAUGCUGACCGAUCAAGCGACCGCCCUGCUGAACAUCAAGGCGGCCAUGGGGAUCACCUACACCACGUGGGCCUCCACCAACCCCUGCCGUCUUGACGGCGCCGCUGCAGCCGCUGGCGACUGGGACAGCGUGACCUGCACCGCUGAUGGCAAAAUCGCCUCGAUAUCUCUGGAUACCACAAAGCUCAAGGGCUCUCUUCCCUCUGACAUCUCCACGCUCACAGCUCUCACCUUCCUUAACCUGCAGAAGAAUCUUCUCAACUACCGCAUUGAUUCGUUCACCACCAACCUCCAAUCCUUGCCAGCGCUGGCCCUCAUCGCUCUGCAUUACAACUACUUGUACGGAGAAAUCCCCUCGUUCCUCGUGGGCCUCCCAAAGCUCACUUCCUUCGGAGCGGUCUACAACUACCUGAUCGGCACCGUGCCGGCGGUGGCAUCCAGGCUUAAUUCGCUGGACGUGCGCGGCAACUUCCUCACGGACGUGCCCACGGGGAGCUACUCGUGGUGCGGGGGCGACAGCAACUGCCUCGUCACGCCCUCCAAGUGCGGCAGCAGCGGCAUCGGUCAGCGCGCUGCCGCAGCGUGUGCCAUCUGCGGCACCACCAACGGCGUGGGCCCAUUCUGCGCCUCGGCGGGAGGGGUGUGCUCGGUUGACGCGACUGCGCCCGUCACUGCCGGCACUAUCAACUCGCCGUCACAGCCCGUUCUGCCCAUGACAUGCUCGCUCCUCAUGGAUCCAGUGGAUUUUGCGGCCAUGAUGAACAUCAAGAGCACACUGGGUGUGACCUACACCACUUGGACCGCCACCAACCCGUGCCGCUUUGCUCGAUCCGCCGUGGCCGUUGCGGGCGAGUGGAAUGGCGUCACCUGCGUGGGCGGCAAGGUGUCUGACAUGGGUUUGAGUAACCUCGGACUCAAGGGCUCACUUCACGCUGACAUCUCCAAGCUCACAUCUCUCACCUACUUCUCCCUCUCCUCGAAUCUCUUCAACUACCGCCUUGAUUCGUUCACAACCAACCUCCGGUCCCUGUCAAUAGUUUCAAUGUCCCUGCACUACAAUUACUUGUACGGGGAAAUCCCCUCGUUUCUCGCGAACCUCCCAGCGCUCACUUACUUGGGCAUGGCUGGCAACUACCUGAUGGGGUCCGUGCCGGCGCUCGCCACGGGGCUGCGCAAUUUGGACCUGCGAUUCAACUUCCUCACGGACUUCCCAGCCGUCACCUACUCGUCGUGCGGUGGCGCCGGCAACUGCCUGCUCACGCCCUCCAAGUGUGCUACCCUCGGCACGGCUCAGCGGGCUGCGGCCGACUGUGCCUUCUGCGGCACCACCAACGGCGUGUCUCCGUUCUGCUGGGGGGCGGGGGGAGUGUGCACGGUGGACGCAGCUGCACGCGUCGCUGCCGGCACUGUGAGCGGAACAGCGCAGCCCGUGCUGCCCAUGACGUGCGUGGGCGGGCCGGUGGUGGCCUUCAAAGAAAGCACAGCCAUGCUCGCGCUCAAGGCCUCUCUCGGCGUCACUCUCACCUCGUGGGCGGCCUCUGUGCCGUGCAAGAUCGAGGGGCAGAGCCCCACGGUGGCAGUCUGGGCCGGCGUGCUCUGCGACAGCACUGGGAGGACCUACUCGAGCCUCAAGGGCUCACUCCCUUCUGAGAUCUCCACGCUCACAGCUCUCAGCUUCCUCGGAGCAACGUACAACUAUUUCAUCGGCACGGUGCCGGCGAUCGCGUCGAAGCUGGACACGUUGGACGUGCGAUUCAACCUCCUCACGGACGUGCCCACAGGGAACUACGCCUGGUGCGGGGGCGCCGGAAACUGCCUCGUCUCGCCCGCCAAAUGCACCAGCGGCAGUGGCUCCGUCCAGCGCCCUGCCUCGGCUUGUGCCUUCUGUGGCACCACCAACGCUGCGGCCCCCUUCUGCUGGGGGGCGGGAGGGGUGUGCACGGCGGACGGGUCUGCAGUCGUUGCUGCUGGCACUGUGAACUCGCCCACACAGCCGUUGCUGCCCAUGGUGUGCGUGGGCGGGCCGGUGGUGGCCGUCAAAGAAAGUGCAGCCAUGCUCGCCCUUAAGGCGUCGCUUGGUGUCACUCUCACCACGUGGGCGGCCUCUGUGCCGUGCAAGAUCGAGGGGCAGAGCACCACAGCGACUGUCUGGGGCGGCGUGCUCUGUGACAGCACUGGGAGGACCUACUCGAGCCUCAAGGGCUCACUCCCUUCUGAGAUCUCCACGCUCACAGCUCUCAGCUUCCUCGGAGCAACGUACAACUAUUUCAUCGGCACGGUGCCGGCGAUCGCGUCGAAGCUGGACACGUUGGACGUGCGAUUCAACCUCCUCACGGACGUGCCCACAGGGAACUACGCCUGGUGCGGGGGCGCCGGAAACUGCCUCGUCUCGCCCGCCAAAUGCACCAGCGGCAGUGGCUCCGUCCAGCGGUCUGCAGCAGAUUGUGCCUUCUGCGGCACCACCAACGCUGUAGCCCCCUUCUGUGCAGCAACGGGAGGGGUGUGCACGCUGGAUGCGACUGCAGUAGUCACUGCCGGCACUGUGAACUCGCCGACACAGCCCUUGCAGCCCAUGGCGUGUGUGGGCGGGACGACUGUGGCCAUCAAAGAGAGCACAGCCAUGCUCGCCCUCAAGGCGUCGCUCGGCGUCACUCUCACCACGUGGGAUGCCUCUGCGCCGUGCAAGAUCGCAGGGCAGACCACCACAGCGACAGUCUGGGGUGGCGUGCUCUGUGACAGUACUGGGAGUGUCGUGAGCAUAGAUCUGAACAACGCAAAGCUCAAGGGCUCGCUUUCGUCUGACGUCUCCACGCUCACAGCUCUCACCUUCCUGUGA